AUGAGUCGACCGGUGAAGAAAGUCGUUCUCGACGUUUCAUCAAGCUUCCCAGAAAAUAAUUUUGCUCAGACAAGCUACAAUCGCGGUGGCAGAGGAGGCGGCCGUGGUCGAGGACGCGGUGGUGGCAGAGGAUCCGGAGUUGAACAACCGUUGAACGAACUGGUCCACUACUGCAGAUCUCAAAAAUACGGCGCCGUCACUGUUAUUCAAACGGAUCUUACUGGUCCACCGCACAAGCCCGUCUUCACCUUCGAAUGCUCCGCGAAAGUAAAGGGAAACUGGUACGCAGCGAAGGGCAAGGACCACUCCAAGCAAAAAGCAAAACAUGCUGCUGCCGCCGCCCUCAGAAAAAUCAUUCACGAGGUAGAGUUUUCCCGAAAUCCGGAAACGAUUCCAACGCGACAGAACAAUGAGCAGCAUCCUAAUCCUGCGCCACUUGGUCCUGGAACUCGAGGAAAACUCCUGACUGGAGAUGAAAUGAGCAAUUUGGCCGGGAUCGGUGAUCAUGCUCAUCUUCCCGAGCCCCCAAAGCCGCCUUCAUUUUUGGAACCAGGGGAAUGCAGAGAUAGUGAUGAAGAAGAAAGCGAAGAAGAAAAUGACGACCCAAACACACCUGCCUGGAUGGCUGCCGGUUUGAACGAGCCUCCUUCUAGCGCGUUGUCGAGGAAAAAGAGACAAGCGAAGAAUCAGAAGGAGCGCAAAAGGGCUGGAAAAGAAUGGGCUUCGAGACAAUUUACGUACGAACCUGACCAGUACGAUCCUAAUAGUUUGGCGAAGAUGGCAACUCCGUUUAAUGAAUCAGUGCCUGAAGAAGGUAUUCGUGAUCCAGUCGAGGAGGAUCCCGCCCAGAUUAGAAAGAUAAACGAGUUAAAAGCUGAAAAUAAAUCAGCUCCAUGGCCCGAGCUUAUAGAAGAAGAUGACAAAGAAAAGCCUUCGACAUCAACUGCUCCAAAUGCUGGAACGUCCAGUACUGGAGUUCUUCGGCCGCCAGUGCCACUUGCACAGGGAACAACGGGACGAGCAGGGAAUUAUCACCCACCGCAAGCGAUGGGUAGUCAGCCACGCCCACCUCGUCCGUUGGGCUCAUUCCCUCGACCUCCUGGCUCAUCCGGAUUGACUGCUCCUCGUCCACUUUCUCAACCAACUCGUCUCAGAGCACCGACACCAAUGAGCCAAAACUUGCGCCCACCAAGGCCCCUCGGGCCUAAAAGUAUGCAAGGCACAAAUCAGUUCAACCUUUUGCCAGAUCGAAAUGGGACAGGAUCGAGUCAAAUCAUGCCCUCCCGCAAAUCCCCAAAGAAGAAGACUCAUACAACUCCACUCCCUCCACCACCAGCUCCGCCAAAACUAAAUGGUGAAAAGAAAAACGCCAAGAAUACAUGGUCCGGCUGGGAUAAAAACGACAGCUGGGAACCAUCAUCAGAAUUUUACGUGGAUCCUCAGUUCUCAGAUGAUGCCUUCGUUGAAAACAAGGAAUUGAUGCCACCGCCGAAAACGGAUAACAACAUCAUUCCUGCGUCUAAAAUGAAAAAAGUCUCCUAUAACAGCGCUAAAGGAUUAGUCAAACCAAAGGGCUGGUCCAGUGUUUGGGGCUGCAAGAGUCACAUCGAAGCUGGAUACGAGGUGUAUUACGAUGUCGAUGAUAUCAAAUUCGGUUUUCCAACGUAUGAGGAGAAGCAAAACUCGAUUACUUCUGCAGAGGCGAUUUGGAAUGAUGAGCUUUUUGAUACUGAAAAGUAUCAAGAUUGGGAGGACGAAUGGGCUGAGUAUGAUCUCAAAAAAGACAAAACAACAUAUUUUGAUGAAUCUUUUGCCGAAAAAGGCCUUAUGCACCACCAACGAGAUCCUCGCGAAGAAGGAGUGCCUUGGUUCGCCCCUCCUCGAAUAGAUGGCAACAACCUUCGCCCCGAGCUUCGUGAUCAACUUGAAAAGCUAGAUCGAGAAGCUCUUUGGAAAGCUGAUGAAAAAGGUGGUAAAGGUGCAACGUAUGAUCUGCCAAACUUUGCUAGAAUUCAGUCAUGUGUAGACGACUGGAUCAAACAGUCGUUUGGAGUUACCGGAACCCAAUUUAUUUACGAAUUCUACUCCAGCAAUGGAUUGCUAAAUGGAUACUAUUGUGCCCUUUGCUGCUAUGAUUGGCCACCUACAGUUCAUCAAGACUGUAUUCGAGAUCAUUUGACCUCGCAUGGCCAUAAAUUAGGAUACCUACGAAGGCAGUACAUGAAGGAAUACAUUGCUCUUACCAACUGGCCUCAUUACGGGACAGACGCCUUGCGAGAUUAUGAUCUGGAGGAAGCACUGGAGGAGAAAAUAAGCAUGAUUGCAAAUAAAGAAGCCGCCUCAUUCAAGAAAGUCGCUGUCAAUGUCCGCACCAUGCAUCACAGAGGCCUGAUUACUUCACAAGCGGAGAAAUUGAGAGAUGGUUUCUUCAAAAAAACAAAGACGAAUCGUACAGCAAAGAAGCUGACCGAAUGGUCACUUGAUGAGUGGCAAUGCUCAAGGUAUCCGUGUGAUUCCGUGAAUCAAUCAACGCGACUUAACUGUUUGAACUGCGGCGAAGCAGCUCCAGCUGAUCCGUACUUCUUUUAUAUCAUCAAAGCUGAGGAAGAUGAUGCUCGCCAAAAAGAGCGCAUGGAGCGGAGAAAGACAAAGUAUGCCAUUCGUGAUCGCAGAAAAGAAUUCCUUGAGCGAAUCCGACAAGGCGAAGAGCUCGCGAGGGGUCCCACUUUGCCAAAAUACAUAAACGCGAUGUCGCAGGUUCCUGUCAUGACUGAUGACGAAAUGCAAUUCUUCCAGGUGCAAGAUUUCAUGAAAUCAAUUGAGGAGUCUCACCCGGGCUUGGAUCUCGAUAAGGACCAACCGUUGCCAAUGGAAGAUGCUCUCGAAGAGAGAAUCAAAGAGAAUGCUUAUAAAAAUGCGGAUACUGUUGCUUGCCAGGACGGUUACGAAUCCGGGGAAAUUCAAGAAUCAAGUGAUAGCAACGAGGAAAAAGAACCAGAAGAAGAAAUUCCAGAAGAACCAAAAUCUCCAAAGGGUGAUGGAAGCAAAACGAGGAAGAGAUAUCGAAGAGCUGUACAGGCGGAAAGACGAAAAGCGCUGAUGUACGAGCGUCCUGAAAUCAGACAACAGCUUGAAUCAGAAGCCUGGAUUCCAAAGAAACUAUCCUCGGGUUGGUGGCUCAAAGAUGGUUGCUGGCUGUGCAAGGUGUGCUGUCACAAGAAUCCCGGAAGUUACAAAUUUUGUUUUGGUUGUGAUAUAGCUGCGCCAAAGAAUAUCGAUGGAAAUAUGAAUAAACAGCUUAUUCAUCCGUCUGUCUUUCACGAAAAUGACUGGAGACAUACUCAACAGUUAAAAAAGUGGAUCGAAAGCAACCCGGAAGCUGAAGCCGAGAAACCGCAAGAUGUUAAAGGUCUUCCCAUUUACAUGCAAAGAGAGCACGCAAAGGAACAAGGUUUAUUCGGUGGUGAUUUCUUCAAACACGGAGCCGUGCGACAAGAUUUGGUGGAAUACAGAGCUCUCCGAGUGAAAACUGCCGAACAGACGAGAAAAAUCAUGAGUCAACAGGGUUUUGCCGAGUCGCCAGACUAUCUAAGUACUCUAGGUGCUAAUAGCCUGGAUACGAGCGUCGGCAAGGGAUGCAAAGAACGUAUAAUCAGAGCAAUGCAACGUCGUGCUGAAAAACAGCUUGCUGGUGAAAAAGUCACUGGUUACCUAAAUCGCUUCCGAAAGAACUUUUCCCAGUGCGGAUGGUGGUGCGAGUCCUGCGAUUAUUACAGUUUCUUUCCUCGUGAUAAAUGCCACGAGUGCAAUACUCCUAGACCUCUUCCUUCUGAGAUCUGGAAGUAUGCAUACAAACGCUCUGAGCGAGCCGAAGCUGUCAUGAAUAUCGAAAAACACAUAAAGAAUACGGAAAGUGAAGGAGUAAACUACUUCGUCGGCAAGGGAAAAUACGCUCAAACGGCGGCACCUGACUGGCUUGAUGCUUCUGAUGGGAAUCCACAUGGCUUCAAACGUACACAAAACGAAUGUGGUGGUAGACAAAAAUACUACAUGAAUAGACAGGAUGAUCUCGCCACGGAAUCACAGAAAAUCGCUGCUUACAACAUGAUGAUAUACAUGACGAACGAGACCAUGGGUGGUCAGGGCUCUGUCCCACAAGGGUUGCCAAUCACUGAACAUGCUCAUCCAAAUGCUACCAAUGAGAGCGUUAUGGAUGAGGUGCGGGCCGAAAUCGACGCCGAAGACAGCGGACAACCCGUUCCGCAGUUCAAUCCACCAAAAGAUCCAGAUAAUGAUGAAGAUGGCUGGAUCAACAAACUUACCGCAACACCUCUUUUGGAUUCUAACAACCAACUUCUCUCAUUUGAUGAUAAGCUUCUUGUUUACAAAAAGAUGUUCGAGGAACUAGAACAGCUUCGAGAGGAAGCAAAGCAACUUGAAGACCAAGCUUCAUCAUCGGAGUCCGAAGAUGAAGAUGCAAAAAGAAUCGCUGAAGCUAAGAAGAAAGCAAAAGAAGAUGCUUUCCGGUCUCAAAUGGCUUAUCUUCAUCAUGAAGACUUCUUAUAUCAACUUGGACAGGAAGUGAACGAUCGAGAAGACCGAAUUCGUAAUAGAAAUGCGACCUACGAUGAUGUAAAGGCAGAACCUGUAGAUGAGGACUUUGUUCCAGCUCGACUCAAGAAUCGAUUUGCUGAAGAAUUUGACAAUCUGGUCCCAGACGAGUGUUUUGAUUUGACUGGAAAAACAGAUUCCGAAGGGUCGAGCUCCUCUGGAUCAGACUCCGACAGUGGUGAUUCAGACUACUACAACCCGCGACGCAAAAGAACUGAAAGGGGUAAAUACAGAAUCCCACAUCGCCGUGAUGAGUACACUGUUUCUGAUGAAGAGCGCGAUAUCCGUGCUCGAAAGAAGAAAUACGCUCAUAAACCACCACCAGGCAUCCCACAAUCUCAGUGGGUCGGAAAAUCAGAUCUCCAAAAGUUGAAAGAGCAGUAUCGGGAACGAACUAUAGAUGAGGCUUCAUCCCGAAAAGCUGAAACCUUUGGUGACUCUUCAAAGGUGACUUUCGUCGAUGGCGUAGAAAGGAUUGAAGUUCCAAGUUUCACGAUUGCUGGCAUGUCCGAGAAAGAGAUCAUGGAUAUGAACGAAGAGCUUUAUCAGAUGUCAGACAGAGCUCCUGAUACGUUUAGUGGAAGAUCUCAACGUAAACGCGAUGGCUUGUACUUCGACGAAAUGGGCCGCAGACGAUACCUUCAUAAAGAAAGUGACAGAUAUCGAUCGCCUUCUCCGGACUGGCGCGUUCGUAGAGAUGGUCGACAUAGACGAGACGAUCGCGAUAGAAGAUCGCCUCCGCGUGAAGCUCGCCGAUCCCCUCCCCGCCGUCGUCGGCGGUCGAGUGGAUCUCCCGAGUUCACUCGCAAUGAAUACGAUAAGAAGCGAUACAAGAAUGUGUCUGGCUUCUACCCAGACGGAACACCUCGAUGGGGCCCUGAUCAUCCCGAUUUUGAUAUGGAAAGAGACAAGAUUCCGUAUUGGUAUUGUGUCAAGCAUGGAAUCAAGGCGAAAGAACACAAAGGAUGGCGUAGCACAGAACAGAAUAAUACCACUGAUUUGAUGCCUAUUGAAAAGUGGGGCUUCGACAGAAAACGCAUGCGUCAAGAUGUUGAUAAAAUGUAUGAAGGCAAAAAAGAAGCUCACGGAUGGGGGACCAAAGGAGCUGAUUAUGAAGCAAGGCGCGAGCGUGAUAUGGAAAAGCGCGAGAGACCUAUCAGUCCUGAACGGAGACGAAGGAGACAGAGUUACGAAAAUCGUGUUCGUUAUUCUGACGAAGAGGAUAGCCAAGAGCGAGUCUUUGAAGCUGGUAAUGAUCGCCUUCGUGAUGCUAUCGGUCGUCGACAUGGAAGAGAUUCAUCGCCUCAGCGACAAAGAAAAUAUUCAGCAGAGCACGAUGAUCGCUCUAGCAGACGUCGACAUUAUAGUAGCUCACCAGAAGAUAGAUCUCAUCGAAGAAGAAGAUAUAGCGGUUCACCUGAAGAUAGAUCAUCUCGAAGAAGAAGGGAUGACAGGCGUAGUCCAGAAGAUGUUGAUGGCCGAGAUGAAAAUAUGGUUGAUGAUAUCGUGGAUAUCUUGCAUUCGCGGCGUUAUGGAAAGGAAUCGGAAAAGAUACGAGACAUUCCAGAGGACGACCGUGACGCAAGAAAGAAGAGACGAGAAGAACGCUGGGAAAGGAAACGCAAGAAAGAAGAGAAGAAAGAGAAGAAGCGCAAAAAGAAAGAGAAACUCGAAGAGCUCGAGGAGAAUCUCAAAGAAAAAGUACUCAAGAAAAUUGACGAAAAAAUUUCAUCCCUCAGCAAGAAACGGAAGGGUAACGAUUCAGAUGCUGAGCGUAAGUCUUCCUCGACAAAUUGUGGCGGUGAAAACGAGGGAGAUAAACAUGAGAAACCUCAAGAAAUCUCAUCUGAUUCCGAAAUUAGUGACAAUGAACACGGCGCGAGAAGAAGUCAGCCUCAUGAAAUCUCUUCUGAAUCUGAGCCCCACACUGACCAAGAGUUCUUUGAUCUCCCAUCACCAACUGAGGAGGGCGAGGUUGUUCCUUCAAAGGAAGAAUUCGAAGAGUACGGAAAGGAGAACUUCUCAAAAAUGGAGCGAGAGUUUAGUUUGAAGGAGAAAAUUCGUAGACGGCUGAUCGAGCGAGAAUCUUUCCUUCCGUUUGGUUCUGUACGAUUUGAUACGAAAGGAGCUCCGGUCGAAUAUCAAACUGAUAUUCACAAGAUGUUUGACGAGUUAAAGGAGAAACUAGAACGAGAGAAGAAUAAUCCUGAGCCGGAACAGUCAGUUGCCGAACGCGUCAAGUCGAAGACCUUCUUUGAUUCGAUUACGAAUGCUCAAGAGCCAAUUAUGACUGAUAUUGAGACGGAUAAUGAGUAUGAAACGGCAGCGGAACAAUCAGACUACGAGGAGGACGAGCUGGAAAUUGAGAUUUCUACUACACUGAGGCCAUCAUUUGACGUUCUGAAUCCGGCAGAAUUAGCCGCCGCGCAGAAAAAUGCUGAAAAGAUUGUCAGACGAGUUACAUCACCCACGGAGCAAAAACCAGUUUCUUUGACCAUAAAGCCGUCAAAGCCAGCGAAGCAAAUCACUCACUCAGUAGAUCUUGACUCUGAAACAGAGUUCGACCCCGCUCCGCCAGAAACAUCCGCCUUUGGAGAUGCUCCCCCGAAGCCCGUCUCGCCACCCAGGAGCAGGAAAUCGCGACAAGAACCAAGGACUUCAACUGAAGAAUCUAAAUCAAUUGAAGGUCGAACGCCUUCUUGGGCAGCGCCAACGGAGAAAAGUGAUGAGCCACGCCCCGUCCCGCCGCCAUCAAUCACCAAAAAGGAUGAGUUGAUGCCCGAUCGAAGGCGUACGAGAAAAAAAUCAUCCCCCGAACCGCGAGAAGAUUUGAUGCCCGAUCGACGAAAAACAAGGAGGAAAUCAUCUCCAGAGCCUCGCUCAACGCGUUCCAGUGCUAGUAUCAAAAAAACUGCUGAAUCGUCUCGACCUUCCGAUCGAAGUCCAACGACCUCAAAGCCGAACAAGAGUUACAGCAAACAUCGCGAUAGAACAGAAGAUUCUCAUGAGAAAAAGUCGAAGGCCUCAAAACGUCGAAAAUCUCCUUCUCCUGUCAAGGCGAGAGCGUACUCCCCGCGAAAGACGCGAGGUCAACGGGCUGCUGAAGCGAAAGACGCAAAAAGCAAUAUGGAAAAUUUCGAAAAUAUGCCUACGUUGUGGGUGAGCCCAGAACGAAAUCGAGAUGAUAAAUCCCAGCCUUCAACUUCAAAAAGUAGACGUUCAAGGUCGAAAACCCCGAAACGCAGAUCAGCAGAAAGGAAACCAACAAAGAAAUCCAGAUCGCGAUCUAAAACCCCAAAACCUUCAUCGACAGCUGCACCUGAAAGGCGAAGCUCAAAACGAAAACGAGACUCCUCGUCUGAGGGUAAAAAGAAAGAGCGUUCUCGCAGAGACUCUAUUGACGCUUUUGAUGAUAUCAAACCAAAAUCAGACGUCACGACGAACGAUUUAAAGGCAAGACUUCUAAAGCGGAUGCGGGAGCGUAAAGAAGGCAAAGAUUCACGAUCACCAAGUCCUUCACCAAAGAAACUAUUUGCUGCAUCAUCUUCUGGUGGUUUCGGAAAAUUGAAGGAGUCAUCGCCCAAACCAGAAGAAACAAAAAGCCCGAAACAUCUCUUGAUCAUGCUUCGAUUGGUACGAAAGGGAGUUUCGCAGCGAGCCCUGUCUGCUGGAUCUCCAGUUUUCCCUGGAACUGGCCUCAACGAGGAUCAGCUUGUCUGGCAAGACGCCGCUCAAAAGUGGGGUGCCGCAGAGCUCGGUCCGUACUCGGCUGAGUGGGACGCUAAAUGCCACUAUCCAAUCGACGUUAUCAAGUCCUCAGCUGAACAAGGUUUUCUUGGACUGUAUACUUCCGAAGAUGUUGGAGGCAUGGGCCUUUCCCGAUUGGAAACGUCUAUUGUUGUUGAGGCACUGAGUGAGCAUUGUGUUCCCACCACGGCCAUGAUGACGAUUCACAAUAUGGUAUCCUGGAUGAUCGAUGUUAACGGAACUCCCGAACAGCGGGAAGAAUUUUGCCCAAGAUUGACGUCCGGCGAAAUCAUCGGCUCUUACUGUCUUACUGAGCCUGGCUCCGGCUCCGAUGCCUCUGCUUUGGCUACUACUUGCAUUCGUGAUGGCGAUGACUAUGUUCUCAACGGCUCAAAGUGCUUCAUCUCCGGCGCAGGCGUCCAUGAUCUCUAUGCCGUCAUGGUCCGAACUGACCCUUCCACUAAGGGGCCAAAGGGAAUUUCUUGCGUUCUUAUUCCAAAAGAUACUCCUGGUCUUUCAUUCGGAAAGGACGAAACUAAAAUGGGCUGGAAGUCCCAUCCGACUAGAGUUCUUAUCAUGGAAAACUGCCGAGUGCCAGUCAAAAAUCUUCUUGGCGUCGAAGGCAAAGGCUUCAAUAUUGCCAUGUCUGGUCUUAACGGUGGUCGAGUAAAUAUCGCUAGCUGCUCUCUCGGUGGCGCCCAGAAGGCCAUCUUAGCCGCAAAAGAACAUAUCGGCGUGCGAAAGGCGUUCGGACAGACUCUUGACAGACAACAGUAUCUUCAGUACAAAAUGGCCGAACUUGCUACGCAAUUGGUGACCUCGCGACUUAUGGUUCGACACGCAGCUUCGGCUAUUGACAAUAAGGAUCCAGCUGCUGCUUCUCUCUGUGCCAUGGCGAAGCUUCACGCUACUGAUAGUUGCUCUGAAGUCGCUAACGGUUGCUUGCAAAUGUUUGGUGGAUACGGAUACUUGAAGGACUACCCGUGCGAACAGAUUGUUCGAGAUCUCCGAGUUCAUUCUAUCCUCGAAGGAGCCAACGAAGUUAUGCGUUUGAUCAUUUCCCGACAGCUUCUCGCAGAGUAA